AUGAAUCGCUUAACCCUUGCUUUGCUUAUCCUUCUCCUUGCUUUGAUCUUUCAGGUACCAUCUACGCAGUCUAGGAUGCUUUUUAAUGCAGAGAAGAAAGAAGUCUUUUCCCCAAAGGACAAUUUGGUUCCAGUUGUUCUUCCUAAUAAGCCUACAGCGCCACCUUCUCCAACUGAGAAAGAUCACAUAAUGGCUAAGGAUGAAAGGCUAUUUGCUCUUCAUCUUGCCAAAAUUGAUCGAAUAUUGCAGUCAGUACCAAGUCCUGGACGUGGCCACCACUAG